UUUGUCAUAUCUCACCAUGCAUAUUCACUGCUUCUGUUCACUGCUGUUUCUGCUCCUGACAUCUUCAAGAGCAGAUGCUCUUUUUGGUCAUGGUGUGUUUCGCUGCCAGUUUACUUCCACUGAGGACAUUGUUUAUCUGCUGCAACUGUACGUCAAUAAGUUGCUUCUAAUCGAAUACAACAGCACUUUGGGAAAGUAUGCCGGCUACACAGAGAAAGCAAAAAAGAUUGCAGAUGCCAUCAACCUCAACUCUUCUAUUUUGAGACAAGAAAAAAAGAAUGAAAUGAAAUGCAAAACCCAAUUCCCAUUGCUACUAGAGUCUAUGGGUUCCCACUUGGAGCCCUCCGUCAGCCUGAGGUCAGUUGAUGCAGCGGGCAGCAAACAUCCAGGCAUGCUCGUCUGCAGUGUGUACUACAUUUAUCCCAAACCAAUCCGAGUGACUUGGCUGAGGAACGGAAAGGAGGUGAUAUCUGAUGUGACGUCUACUGAGGAACUGUCCAAUGGGAAUUGGCUUUACCAGAUCCACUGCUACCUGGAGUUUACACCCACACCUGGAGAGAAAAUCAGCUGUAUGGUGGAGCAUGCCAGCCUUAAGGAGCCCAAGCUUUAUGAUUGGGACCCGACAUCUGAGUCACAGAACAACAAGAUCGCUGUCGGGACAUCAGGGCUGCUGCUUGGUCUGGUGUUUUUUGUUGCUGGGCUAAUUAGCUACAAGAAGAACCACUUUGGUCGAGUUUUGGUGGCAACAAGUUAAUGCAGCCUGUCAUUUUGGCUGAAACAUUUGUGAUAAAAGCCAAUAUUUAAAACGAUCCGACCGUGGAAUCAACUCACCAAAAUGUCAGAGGUUUGAAUAAAUAAGAAGGUUUUUAUCACACAGUUCUCAAUGGGCAAUACAGCUGCACUGAAUUCUCGAGGGGGUUGAUAUGCUGUAUUUAGUAUCUACAGGAAUAAUUUGUGUUGCAAUGUUUAAUCUAUUAAAAGUAAGCUUUUAUUGAAGUUUGAGGAAAAUAGUUUGAAAAUAUUUGGUCAAAACCAAUAUAUUUCUUUGUACUGUACACAUUAUGAUGAUUUGAAGGGGUUUAUUUUCCAUGAAAUCAUUUGAUUAAACACUGAUAA